CGAACAUAACCAUAAGUAGAAGACGGGGCGAUCACACAGCAGUAGUUUCGUGUUCGUACCUUCGCGAUCACCAUGGCCAAAGUGCUCUUCUUUCUGCUGUCAGCCGCUGCCCUGGCGCACGCUGCAAACAUAAGGGACUGUGGAAGUAAAGAUGCUACAGUGGACUUAGCUGAUAUCGUUGUGACCGGAUGCACCAGUUCUUCAGCGCCUUGUGUUUUCGAGAAAGGAAAACUUGCCAGCAUCUCACUGCCUUUCACACCUAAAUUCCAGACAAAACGUGUGAAAGCUCAGGUGCAUGGAAUUGUCCAUGGUGUGCCGCUACCAUUCACGCUACAAAACCCAAAUGGCUGCGUGAAUUCAGGCCUGCAGUGUCCCCUGAAUGCUGGUGAGAAGUACACCUAUACAGCCAGCCUGCCAGUUCGUACUUUAUACCCAUCGCUUAUACUGGAUGUAAAGUGGGAGCUUCUGGAUGAAAAUAGAAAAGCACUGGUUUGCAUCUUGAUUCCAGUACAACUGAAGUAGACAGCUUCAGGUGUUUUAAUUUAUGCAUGUAUUCUACAUUAUUUUUUUUUAAUAUGAAUAUUUGAUUGAUGACAUCUUACCUUGAAUAUCAUAUUCUAUAAGUAGUUUAUCUGUGUAUCUGAAGUUCUAUUAUGGAUUCAGUACCACUAUGGUUUUAUUACCACAAUGUUCAGUCAAACUAUUUAUUUGGGAAUAUGUAUAUUUAUUAGUUAAAUAAACAUUGUUCAAUUAAUUUAUUAUGUUUUCAAAGAAAAAUGUAGAUGGACCUGAGUAUGUAAAUGCAUUGUCAUGUUACUAUUAAUGAAAAGUGAAGUGUCCAUUAGGGGUAUAAAUGGUAUGAAUUUGCCUCAAGAUGGUAUUUCUAAAAGUUGCAUGCUUAGUUAUCUGCAUUAAAUUUUGUAUGUAUUUAUACAUGAAUUUGUUAACUUUACACCAUAAUUAUGAUAUUGGGUGGACACUGCUUAUUAAAGUGAAGUGGUUAUUCAUAAGAAUUGUUUCCAUUAUCAAAACUUGAAGGUAUCAACACUGCCUUCACAGCUCAUGCAUCUUCUACAUUGUUAAAGAGGCUUUAUUGUUUAAACAUUUAGUUAAAUAUCAAUUUAAAUACAUGUAUCCAGUUAAUACAACUGACCAUUUAAUUAAAAUAUAGUUACCAUGCCCUAGGUUAUAUUACUGAAGUAUAUGAAGAUCACCUUGAAAUAAACCAAGUUUUUGCAUUAAUACAAGGAAAAAAUAAAGAAGUAAAGCAAG